AAUUCCCCUUUUAUUUUUUCCACCCCCACUCGUAACGCCGGGUUUUAAUCUUGCCCGCCGCGCUGCGGCGCGAGAAAAAUGUUACGGGUGCAUUCUUUAUGUGCUGACUGGCGUUUUAAUAUGUACGGCGUCGAUCUUGUUUCAGGAUCCGGGAUCAAGGUGCCGAUGGCCAUUCUGAAUUGCCUCUACGCCCGCCAAUUGUGCUACGAGGAUCCGUCGUGCAGCGCCAUUUUGGAGAUUAUACCAAGAGUCUGCGGUCCGGAAUUGGUGGCGUGCUCGACGGUGACGGUGAAAAAGUGUCAGGCGGCACUGAAAACCCUGCAGGCUUUCACUUUCUUCCGACCGACGUGCCUCUGCAGGGAACCGCAUGUCGAUCCGGACUGCAACAGCUUCCAGAACUUCCUGUUCGAUCAUCCGUGCGACUACGUGGAAUGGAAAGACAAAGAUCCAUAUCCGAUAGACGCAUUGCCGACGUGCAAUCAUGCGCUUAAUCUCUGUCUACGUGGGAAACCUUGCAGUCAGAUCUUCAAGGAUUUCAAAACCAACUGCAAGAUUCAAGAAGGCCAGUGCAAAAUGGAGAACCGGGACGCUUGUCAUGAUUCGUGGACGCAACUGCGACUAUCGCCAAUGUUCGGCUGCAUAUGUCCGAAUAAUCAUAUCAAGCGGCGAUGUGACAAGAUCUUCUCGACGGUGAACCACAAUCCCUGCGUUGUGAAGGUCAUCGCCCAUCCGGAUAAUUCCACCAGCUUCGAGGUAAUUGAGUCGCAGCUGGAAAAUCCGUUGAUCGAUGCCAAGCAUCGGGAUCUGCUCAACAUGAAGCAGAUCCCCAUUCCGGGUGGCCAUCAUCAUCGCAGUCAUCACAAGAGGAACCUAACGGAUGAUUUUGAACAGGCGGGCAUGGAACCACCGUCCUCCACGUCGGACAUCGACAAGAUCCAACAACCGGUGAAACUGAUCCUGUCCAGCACGUGCCACCACGCUUACACGUCCUGCAAAAACGAUCCGGAAUGCAAGAAUCUGCUGGAGCCCGUUCUGAAUCACUGCGACUCAACAACCUGCGCGAGGAACGAGUGCAUGGAGGCGUUGCAGCACUUCUACAAGACCGCCAAUCACAAGCAUUCCGUGGAAAUUGCCUUCUGCCUCUGCAGGAAAACGGACAGCAAAAAGGACGAAUGUAUAGUGGCGCAAGAGAAAAUGCAUCCAACCUGCGCGCAGCGCAUAGACGGCGCCGAAAUGCCAACGUGUCACAGCCUGGCCGAGACUUGCAAAGAGAACAGGAGCUGCAGACUUAGGCUGGAGUAUUACGAACAGAGUUGCGCGGUCGACAGCGUAACGAAGAAAUGUGCCGGGCCAACCUCCGAGUGUAGAAAAGCGAUGCUGGGCAUCCUGGGCACUGAACUUCAUACCAAUUGCGCUUGUAAGGGCACCGAGCUCAACCAGCUCUACGGCUGUCUAGGUUGGCAGCGGCUUCUGUGGGUGAAUCCUUGCGUAGUGGAGUCGCAGAAGGACUAUCACGCGCGCAGGAAACACCAUCAUACGCGAACGACGACAGCGAAGACGACGACAACGACGGCGGCCGUCGCGACGACGACGAGGUCGCCGGCGAGCACGACGGCGACCACCGCGGUCGAACAAGUGGAAGAUAAUCAAAUACCGGAAGUGACGAGGUGGCCGACCACCGAACCCACGGAAACUUGGGAAAUCACAACCACCACUAUAAGCACCACUCCGAGCACCACCACAACCACCACGCCGACACCACGCUACUGCGUGGUUCAAAGGCCGAGACACAGUCAGCAAUACAUAAGAGAAGGCAAGGGCAAAAGGCUUUAUCGCGAGGACGAGCCCGAAUGCUCGGAACUCUGCCACUGCGGCGAGGGCGAGCAACUCGUUUGCAACACCAUCUGCGUCGAAUUGUCACCCUGCAAGACGGAUUUCGCUUACUACAACCAUGAAGCGCCGGCCUACCAGGCGCACCGAGGUCCUUGCCUCUGCUAUAGCGGCGGCUUUAUAUGCAUGCGGCCUUCACCAGACACAUAUAGUAUACCGCACGGGGUUUUCAUGUUCCUGGGGUACAGUGAGAAGGACGAGACCUUAUUGAAGCGGCACAACAAUGUGACCGUGCUGGACGCGGUGUCGUCUCUCGACAAUUUCAUGAGAGAGGAAGUCAAUAAUCAGACAGUAUGCACGCUCUUCCUGUACAACGCGACCCGAGAAAACGUGAUUGCGGUGGCACGACUCGGGACCGACAAUCCACCCUUAAAUAGCAGCCAGGCUCAAAGUCUGCAGCACCUGCUGCGCGUCAAGGAGGAGUGCGCGUCGAUGAUGCAAGAUCUCAGCGACAAGAUCAACAAUAAACACCACGAGGUGCACAUGCAUCCGCUGCUCUCGAUCUUCAAGAUGGCCGAGGUUGAAGUGAAGAUGCCGUACAGCAACGAGGCGGCGAUUUCCAGAUUGUCGCCGGCGCUCCUCGUCGUUCUGUUCGCAAUCGGUCUCUUCGGGUCGACAUGUCUCUUCGGUUCGUGACAGGGACAUGAAGACACGACGAGGAGUCCAUAUCGAGUGUCCCCCUCGCGGGGGAUCGCCACGUGUCGCGUGGUAGCAACGGUUCCGACUGCGGGAUCCACCCGGGCGAGAGAGGACUCGUGGCCUUGAAGGGCGCAGAUCAACGAAGGGAAGAAAUCCCCGCCUUCCCCUCGAUCGCCUGUGCGGAUCGACAGAUCGCAGGGCUCGAUCGGCGGUUCCGCACAGCGAUCCCCACACGCUCCCGCCGAUCGCGGAUCGCUCACCGCGCCGUUGAAGCUAUUACUAAAUUAUAUAUUGAUAUUUAAUGGUAUUUUUGUUACACACUGCACCUCGACAGAGCGCCCUCGAGCCUUGUCCUUAACUCUUCGACCGUCACGGCUCAUACGGAUUUCGGACUUAACCUUGGAACAUGCGAUGAUUACUACAAUUAACAUGAAUGCGGUAGGCAAAAAUUAUUUUUCUUCCGAGAUAAAAUCCUAAGCGGGGAAAAAUAUGCUCUUAUUGAGAAUAAAUGAAAUGUACAUAGGUAUAUAUUUUUUAUUUCGAUCGUUCAUUUUUACGAUAAAUAUAAAAGUUAUUAAGGCACCGAUGAAGAAUAUAGCACAUCUUUAAACUGCACUGAGAUUACCGAUUUCGGGGGAUUACCUAGUUUUAUUUUCAGAACACUUAUUAUAGAGAAAAUGGCGAAUUCAAGCGUAACUUAAUGAAAUAUUCAUUGCACGUUUCAACAUUUUGAAAGCAUUUACUAUAGAUGCUAAUGUAUGUGAACAUGACAUCUGAAAAUAGUGUGCCUAACAGAAGAUACUGCAGUUGCACUGUAAUAAUACCUUCCAUAGAAAAACAGUGCUAUUGCACUACUCGGUACUCGAAGGGUUAGUGACGGAUGAUCGAUGAUGCCCUGGACGAUCGACGCCGCUUUGAGGUCGAGCUUGAUACGGAAAUGAGAUUGACACGGAAUACAUUUGUCAAAUGCGCGAAAUCAAGUAGAAAUCGUCGAUUUGUGUUUUCAUUUUACGCGCUCGACAAUUCCGCCGUCAAAAGUGUCUUGCGACGAGAUGGCCGCGCGAUCGACAUGCAACCGACGUAACUUGGACACGAGUUGCAUCGCAAGUUGACCAUUAACAAUCGUACGCGGUACUAACGAUGUUUGAUUACAUUAAUGAUUUACGGGCGAGUGAUUGGCGGAGAAUAAUUAAUGAUAUAUGGAAACAGAGAAAUAUUGAAAAACAAGUAAUCGAGAUUUUUACGUUCUAUCGAGAUUAAUCAAUAUAUAUAUAUAUAUAAAUUAUAUAUAUUCUAUAUAUAAUGUAUAUAUAAAAUUAAUGUUCUGAAUGCCCAAUCUCGUGUUGGCAGAUAAGAUUACAAUCAUUACUUAGAAAAGCGGAUAAUUAACACAAAGUCCGUGACUAGAUAGGAACGUUUUCUGUUGCAAAUUGUUGAAUAAAAAUAUAACAUAUAUACACACUCGAAGUGUUUUAUUUUUAAACGUUGAAACUCUUCGCACAAUUAUAAUAUUGUUGAUAUUAUAUUACAAUGUUAGUCCGAAAUGGAAACCAAACAAUUUGCAUUAAUUCGCGCUUUCGACGCGACAGCGGCAAUCUUGGCAAAAUUAAUCCAACAAACAAACAAAAAAGGUCAAGGAAGGACGUUAAAAGUCUCGCACUUUUUCGAAGUUGGCCUCAAGAGGCAUCCCGAAAUGUGAAGCUGAAACAGAACAUAGAAUCGAAUCGUCAAAGAUCGAGAGAGAAGGAGCGGAAAGCGGUGUGCGCGAUUCGCGAUCGUUCGGUACGAGAGUACGACGUGUGUGUAAUAAAUCGACCGUAAUGCGAGAGGCAGUCUGUAUAAAUGGCUAAGCACUAAUCUACUGUAUAAUUAACGGCCAAGCAGCGCAAACCUCCUCCCGUACUGGACCAUUAGGUGUUUGUUAAAGUUGAAAAUCUAAACCUAAAGCACGCGCGUCUAUGCGACGCGUCACGAGAGGCUCGAGUGUGUAGAUAAAUGUAGAUUGUUGAUAGCGACGUAAGCAUGGGGGAAAAAAAGUGUGUAAUAGAGGUAGCCCGGGGAAAUGCGAGUCGAGCGAGAAAAUCGAUCGUGGCCCGCUCGUUUUCAAGUUUCAAAGUCGUACCGAUGUAUACGAAGUAUCCCGAGUCGAUCUCGACAGACGGUCCUCGAAUUCUUUUCUUCCUCCCCUCUUUUCAUUUCCCUCAUUUUCAACCUGUACAUAUAUUCAAGCUGUAAAUACCCAAUCACCGUAGAAAUGUACGGGGUGCCUUAGAAAAUCUAAGUCCUGGAGAGGCAAGACGUCCAAUCAAAUCUUCGCUAAAUGGCCUCGGAACUAGAUAAUAUCGCGUACAUAGAUUUAGAGAAAUCGACACAAGUCCGACAAUCGAAUUUUCAGCUCAUUACGCAAUGAAACUGGUAGCGUUAAUCGAACCUUUUAUAAACGUGACCUUCUUUUUUUGCUUAUAACAAGAGGAGGGAACGACGUGUCUCUUCGUUAGACACGAGGUGCGCUCGAUGUAAGUGUACCUUUCUUCUCUUCGAUCGUUCCUAUUAUCCGUCAUACGUUCGUGUCAUCGAUUAUUUUAUUAGCCGACGGCGCCGAUAAGGGCGGCGCAUAUCAAUGCGAAACGGCGCGGCACCUCGCAUCGCGUCUCCGUAAUUACGGCGCGCAAUGUCAAUAGUUCGUGACUGUGGGAGGCACCCUGUAUAAACGGUCGAUUUGUCAGCCCGGAAGACGAGAAGGGGGAUACGAAGCGGAAAACUUGUAAACGGCGGCCGAACGCUUGACAUUUACAAAUUACUCAGAAAUUCACGAGCUAGAAUUAUUCAGCAGCCGGAGAAGUCCUCCCGCUGGCUCGAUCAUAAUCUCGAUACCGGCGAUUAAUAACCCUCGGGAUUCCCGAUAAUUAUCCCUCGCUGCGACAGACUCGCGUCACUACCCCACCCAUCUUUUCCAAACGAUACCGAAGCGUGGCGAGUUCAGCGUUUCAAGAAUCGGAGGCGAUAUUAUUUUGUUAGCAUCGAAUCUCGAUAAAGCCCCGUCAUUAAUUUAUUUCGAACGAAAAUGCUUUAAUUACGUUUUAUCUAAUGAAAUUCCUAAAUGUGUCGAGAUUCAAUUACCACGGAUCGCAAACGUAGAGUAGCUAAAUGUAAAUUUAAUGAUGAAAUGUCAAUGGCAAUUUUUUCUUCCUUUCUUCUUAAUUAUUUUUCAAUACAAGGUUAUCUAUGGCUUAAAUAUUUACGCUAUUCUUCACUCAUAAGGAAACGAUCAACUCGUUGCAAAAAAUGCAACAAAAGUAAGCGUAUCGUGUUAUCAAUAAAAUUUUCAAUCCCUUUUUCAAUUAUAUGCAAAAUGUAAAACUCAAAAUAUUUAUACUUUUUGUCCGAUUUUACAUUCUCUAUAAUUCGUUUAUUAAAUAUAUAUAACCGCCUCUUUGGUUCCAUUAUUUAAAAUAAAGUAAUAAUCGAUAAACGACGAGACUAAUUCCCGAAAUGUAUUGAUACAGAGAUAAAGAGUCGUUGAUGGAAAGGCGAAUAUAACGAUUCCACUUCCGUCGUCCUUGUGAUUCCUGCUAGCCGAAUAAAGUGACGAGAAUCUGUUGGACGGGAUCUUGAGGAUUAUAAUUGCGCUAAAGCUUCAGGCGAAUCCGGGAGCCGCCGGAGUUAACUAACGAAAGCUCGCUAGACAAUGUAGCGGCAGGAACAAUACGGCAAAUAAAUAGAGCCCUUCUAUGCAUACGAUAUACUCUAUAAAUAUACGUUACGUAAGUGCAUAUACAUAUAUAUAUAUAUAAAUAAAUAAAUAUAAAUAUAGGUAAUGCGAGAUAAAGACGGACAGCCAGCGCGUUCUGGCUGCGAUAUUGUUUGUACAUGGACGACAAGUGCGAAUUAGACGACAAGUUGUAAUACAACAAUUCAAUUAGGUGGCAUUCGUCGAUCUAGGCGCGAGUGUAACUACCGCCUUGUGUGCGUGUGAGUCCUGCGUGCGAAACACGAGAGUGCGUUUGUGCGUGCCAAUCGUUCCCCGCGCUCUUCCCUCAUUUAUUGUAUAUUACAUUAAAUAAUAAUAAUAUAAAUUGCGCUAUUACCACAGAUUAUAAAGCGAUUACAAACGCGCGAAUGCAGGCCGUGAAAACCAUUUCGUUCUUUCGCAUUCGGUUUUCACGGUAAUUACUCCGUGUUAUAAUUUAAUUCGCAUUAUUAUGUGUAUCGUAAUUUCAUUAUUCCCGAUCUCGUUGCACAGCAAAAAUUAUGAUCAAGCACAAUCAUUCCCUUAAAUAAAUUUUGCUUUAUUUUAACCUGUGCCUAGCCAUGUAUAUUCAUCUUGUUAACAAAUUUUUGCCAAUUUAAAGAUCUAACAAGUAAACAGAAGUGUGGUACAAGAAAAAAUAAGAAUUAAAUCAGAUUUAUGCGCCGUCUGGCGCAACGCUGACAAAUUUCUCUUCUCUUGGCGCGUUUAUUAAUUUUAAUUAAUAAGUUCUAUUUAAUAAAGUAGAAAAAAAAGUCUUAUUAAAUGAUGACAAUUUAGUUAAAUUAAAAUUAUUGAAUAACCUGAAGCGAGAAAAAGCGCGAGGCGGAUUGUGCGUGCGCGACGUGGAAAAGCAAUAAUGUAUAAAAUUUAUGAAUCGCGGACACGUCGUUGAAAGGGACGGAAGAUGUUAAUGUCACAUUAUACAUACGCGCACGUAGACAGGAUAUAAUAUAUGUUGAUUAGUUAGAAAGCGGCGAGAUUAAUCGUUUCAGUGGCGGCGAGAUCGGCUCUUCGGGGACGAUCGAUUGAAAAGCGAUGCAACUCUCUCGAUGAACUCGAUCGAUCUCGAAGACAUGGACCAAACGCGAAAAUCUCGCAAGAAGCGUGGAUCAAGGUUGAAGGGGUCUUCUUUCGGUUUAUGCGAAAAUGCGACGAGUUAUUCAUAUCGAACAAAUGCACGGGGUGUCUUGUACUUGGGCCAUUGAUUAUUACAUAUACAUUAUGGAUAUACCUAAUUAAGAUGCAUGCGCGAUUAUAAUGCACGCAUAAAGAAUUUAACGGGGGUACAAUUCAAUUAGUUUAAUAUGACAUUUGAUAGAAAUGCAAAUUGCAUAUUUUAUUGCUCUGAAUUAUGAUUUCGUUAAUUUAAUGCCCAUAUUAAUUCGUUGUAUUUUAAUUGUGUAUUUUCGCCAAUUAUAUUCUAUGGAAAUGUCGCGCGUGAAUUAAUUCCGCACAUUUAAUCGUGUCUAUAUUUUAAUUAAUAAUUAAUUAAAUCGUGCCUGCAAAAUCGCGCCGGCAUUUUCACCUGGACGCUUGCCGCUAGCCAUCCUUCGAGAACCCUACUAUUCAGCCUUGAUCGACCUCGGGGUAUCCCGAAAAUGGUGUAACUCGCGGACUCGGCGGAGUUUGCUCCAAGUUUGCGCUCGCUGCAUCAGAAUGUAAAUAACUGCGCGGAAAUAAUGCCCGUGGACGAUCCUAGAUCGUCAGUUAUAGACGCACGAAUCAGCCGAUAAGAACCAUUACGCUCAAUUACUACUCACUGGCAAGGUACUUUUGACGCACUGGUCGCUAAGAGGGCGAGUAGCUUUAAUACUGCUGCAUUCAACGGAUGCAACUUUCCUCCACGAAGCACGGGUAGUUGAGUGGAACGAUAUCGAUACCUCGGUCACAUAUUUGAAGACAAAUUCUAUUUUACUACGAGAUACUUUUCUAUACAAAAUUAGUAUUGCAUAUUUGAUUGUACCGUGUCCAAUCUCUUAUUGGCAAAUUUCCUUUUUUCAUAUUACGUACAAGAUGUACUUUCUCUCUGUCUAGUUAUCGAGUGCCUCUGCCUUUCUCUUUCUUUCUUUGCAAUUUUAAUUCCCUCUUCGUAUUCCACGGAUCAUGCUGUAUUUGCGAUCUUUUCCAGACGUCUUGCUACGAAUAAUAUCUUGCAGCUCCUUGUUUUACUCAACAAACAUUUGGAUUGUACGAAACAUACGCGCGUAAUCAUCAUUAAUGUACGCUAAGCGCUGCGCGUGUAUCUAUUCAUGACCAUCUCAUACGGUCCAGCUGAAUCAGAUAAUCAAAUAUCCGACGCCAAAGUCGGGACUGCACGCGGCCUAAUUACUCUCCGUAACGUAUUGCGCAUUAGAUACACGUGCACGUCGAGAAAUCGCGAUUUCGACGGUCAACGAUAAUGAGAUAGCGACCUUGCUGGAGAGCCAUUCCGCAGAUCUCACAAAUAUAGCAAAACGCAUCGGCUGUCCUGCUCUGUCGUGUUAUGAUUUCAUCCUGAAAUAACUUACAAUUAAUUUAAAAAAUGACGAGUGUAACAUCGAAGAUUUCAAUUGGCAUAAUUGCGGAGUGGACAUUUUUUUAUCGACAAGAUAAUUCUUCUCCGACUAAUUUCAAAUGACCCUCUAAUCUCUUACAUCGUAACACUUUACCACAUUAUUCUUACUAAUUUCCGUGCUUCGUGCGAACGUGAGAGUGACUGCUAAACUGUAAAAAAAAAAUAUGACGCGAGGGCAAUGCAAUAAUUACGCAUGCAUGCGAGAUCGCGCGCACGGUGUGUGUUUGCGAGUGUGCGAGAGUGUGUGUGUGUGUGCGUGAGAAUGUGUGUGCGUGAGUGUAUGCAACGGAUGUGUCGGAGAGUACGGCGUUACUGUAAAGAGCUUGCUUUGUGACUGCGAUGUUACUUUGUGGCGAUGUGACUGAUGCAACGAUCUCACUUGAGAGAGUUGGUAAACUUCCUCAUGUUCCUCAAACUUAGCCGCCUCUUGCUUCCGCAUAAAGUUUAUAUUGCAUUUUGCUUGAUUACUAAGCUCACAAGACGAUGUGACACGUUUAGUUUUACAAGCAUUAUGACCUGGUCGUUGUCUAUAAUUUCAUUUUGUUCAAUUUAAUAAAUUGAUUGAUAAACUCAUCGCUGACGGAAUAUAAGGAAGCAACGGUCAAAUAUAAAUGUCAAACUUCAAACUUAAAAUUUUUUUUUCAAAUUCAGAGGAGCCUUCGACUCUCUAAAAAUUAUGUUGCUAGUUAUGAAAUCGACGUUGUUCUGCACUACAUUGAAAAGUUUUAUUAUAAAUUGUUUCACAAGCAUUUCGAUUGUAUCCUGACUAAUCUCUAAUUUACGCCAGAGAGAACGAACGAUUAUUCUCUCAAGCGAACUCCUUAACAAAGUAAUAUCGUGAUUGUAAAGUAACUUCUGCUUACGGUAUUAAUUCUUCCAGACAAGCUGCGGACGUGGGUCUUCGUACGACUCGUAUGAAUUCUAACUUCCUCAUGUAUCACAUUGUACAUGGACUGUUGCGAACUGCACGAUUGCCGAGCACGAUUGUCGUGAGAAUUUGCAUUCCUUUGCAGGAUGCUCCGCAAUUUCUCGUCUGUCGUCAGUCUGAUGAAUUAUCUUCAAAAAUAUAUACAGAGAGAGUGAUUUCAACAAUCGAUUCGUGCGUAAAUACAGCCAAAAACGUUCGAAUCAUGCAAAUUGACUUCGAAAACAAAUACGAUCGUUUAUGAAACUGCAUUCGAGUGUAUCCGUAUUUCUUUAAGAGCACCGUGCAUUGGCCGCUAGAUCAAUAAGAUACGUCCUUAAUUAAACAAAACUCUCUCUUUAUUCACUUAAAGAAAGAGCAAAGCUGAGUUUGUGGAAAUUGUCAAAAUGCUACAAAGUGGUUUUAAAAGUUUACAAUUCCAGCCACGAGAUUUCCGGAACUCAAUGAUUAUAAUAAUUGAUGACUGGUUUGUUAAGAUAACUGAAGAAGCGUCAGUCACAUCUUAAUAAAUUGAGUUCUAUAAUAAAGAUAAAAGAGGAACGUUUGAAUAGUAAUUUUACAAAGGUAAUUCUUUUAAUAUCUAAAAAUACAAUGUUCACCAUUUAUUGUUGCAAUGCUCUAAAAAUGGCGUUGCCUAUUGAAGAUACUUUCAUAGAGUGACUUUGUUAUUCGAUGUAGCGCUAUCAAAGAAAUGUCGCGUUAAAACGGGAAAGAAGAAAAACUAUGACCGCAAUACGUAUCAAAUAAUUUACAAUAAGUAUUAUUACAUAUAUUAUAUUAUACUACAAAUAUUACUAAAUUACAGAAUUCUCACUGUGCGCGUCUUUAAGCCGUAUGCAUCGAUAUCAAUUACGAACUACACGUAUCAUUACGCAUUUAAGUAAUACAAAAAUAUUUAAUUGAAGUAUACAUAUAUAAUAUUAUCAAAUACAUAUCUCUCGUUCUUAAAAUCUGUAGUAAAUAAAACUGAAAAAUAAUGACAAGAAGUUAACUUCUUCGCAUAUUUUAAUAAAGUUUAAAGAAUCAUAUUACCACACUUCUUGGAAGACAUUUUAGUAUUAUAAAAAUCUUAAUAUUUACAACCGUGUAUUAGUAUUGCAAAAUGAAAAAAUGUUACUUAACUUUGUACAAUGAUCUUGUUUAUAUUGGAUGCAUAAAGGCUUAAAGUUCUGCAGCGUUACGAUGCAAACGAAUAGAACAAUCUGUAACCGUCAAUUACAAUGUCAUAUCCAACGAUCCGUCAUCCUCUUCCAGCCUCGUGCUUCGAGAUUCACGUCGCAAUAAUACAAUUAAUAUUAAUUAGAACCUUAUUAAGACGUUAAAAUGUAUUAGUUUAGUUAUUAAGCAAUUGCGAAGUACGAAGACCCGCGGAGUUGUUUAUGCCAGCCAUAGUUUCGAACAUUUUACCACAAGUGAAACAGGAAGACGAGUGAAUCGCCGAAAUUACAAUGGCUGCUUGUUUACUUAUUAGUUAUUGUAAUUGAUUCAUUCCUUGCGUCCUUUCUAAGUUACUUCAGAUUACACAGUAAAAUUUACUAGCAAAAUAAAUUGAAUUAUCAAACUUGAUUAAUUUAAACAUAUAAAAUAAAUGUAUAUUGCGUUUUUUUAUACACUUUAUACAAUAUUAAACGUCGGACAAGAUAAGAUUAGACAUAUCGACCAUACUGUAAUUCAGUAUUCAUAUGAUUCUUUAUUAUAAUUUAAUCUUUUGUCAUAAAAGAUGUUUAUAACAAUUAGAAGACGCAAGGAAUUAAAUGUUAAGUUUCACUGCUCGAAGCCGAGGAUAAAGAUGGUGGUUCCAAUUGAACAUAUCAAGGCCUCGUAGGAAAGGCCAGCCAAUAUCCGGAUUUCUACCCUGGUUUCGCGUAGGUUCAGUUUCUUUUUUACGCUUUUUCUCGCGACAGGAAAUAUACGAGAGCUCGCGAAGCGGGUCGAUCGCGCGGUGAUGCGCAGCUUCCAAGAAUUAUCUUGGGGAAAUCAUGUAUGAUCUGAUAUAAAUACGCAGGAAAAUCCUGUCCACUGAAA